GAAGAACCCUAAAACUUACCAACGUUGAAAAACAUAUUGGAAAAAAAUUACAUAGCUAGCUAUAUAAGCAACGAAGAGCUUUUAUUAUACGCAUAUUUUCCAAUAACACGGCGCAAUGUUUAGUUUAAAAGAUAAAAUUGCAAUAGUUACAGGUGGGGCCUGCGGUAUAGGCGCUGCUAUUAUUAAAGAAUUUCUGCAAGAAGGUGUGAAGCACGUUGCAAUAUUGGAUGUCGAUGAAGAGUCGGGUUGCUCCAUGGAAAAACAACUGGUAACAAUAUUUGGAAAAGAUAAAGUGAAAUUUAUAAAAUGCGAUGUUACAAUUGAGGACCAGUUGUUAGCUGCGUUCCAAAAUACAACUUCGGAUCAUGGAUACAUAGAUAUUGUUGUGAACAACGCAGGCGUAGCUGAUGAGAGACUGCACAUGUUUAAAAGGACAAUUGAUAUUAACUUUACUGCAUUAGCAGCAAGCACAUUGAAGGCUCUAGAACUGAUGCGUGAAGAUAAAGGUGGUCAUGGGGGUACUAUUAUCAAUGUUUCCUCAAUCGCUGCUCUGUUACUGAUAGCACCAUCUUUAUUUAUCUACGCAGCUACUAAAGCCGCUGUACUUCAUUUAACUUGUAGUAUCGGUAAAGAAUCAUAUUUCGCAAACACAAAAGUGAGGACAAUUGCUGUAUGUUUUGGCUGCACAAUAUCUGAAAUACAUAAGAGAUUGGGCAGUUUUGAUGAGAACAUAGAAAAAAUUACAGAAAUGUUCACCGAAAUAAUGCCUCCCCAACCAGCUGAAGCCGCAGCAAUUGGUCUCGUGGAAGCGUAUAAGAAUGGUGAAAGUGGAAGUGCAUGGCUCGUAAAAAAUAGCAAACCAGCAAUAGAUAUAACAUCAAAAAUAAAUACGGCCUACGAUACUUUAUCUGAAAGUCUUUUCGAUUAGGAACUACUAAUUCAAUUUUUCACAAGUUUUUAUUUUAUUUACGUAACAUUAUUUUUAUUUCGCAUUUGAGAGUUGAUAAAAUAUGUAAAAACAUAACGCACACAUACAAAUACUUAGAAAUCUUAUCUUAAAUGAU